AAUGGUAAAAUGAAAAUCCAGUAGUAUUAGAUUAUGAAUUCUCUUCACAUCAAACCAUAUUUUUCCACUAGAAAAGAAAAAUACUUAAACCCCAUAAUCAAGGAGCAGGUUUGACAUGCAAGAGCGGCUACUCGAGAAAGGAGGUAGAAUGGAAGAAGAGGCCACAACAGGGACAGAAGGUUCUAAUUUUUCACUAUUAGAAUGGGUUUGCACGGUUAAAAAUAUGUGCUUGGAAGCAUACAAAAGCAAGCCAAUUUCACAUUGGAUUCUGUUGUUUCUAAGUAGUUUGGGGAUGCUGGUGGCAUUUCCUGCUUCUAGCCUUUUAUCUCGUGUCUACUUUGCUAAUGGUGGAACCAGUAAAUGGAUCAUUUCAUGGGUAGCAGUGGUUGGAUGGCCGUUACCAGCUUUAAUCUUGCUUCCCACAUACAUAUUUUAUAAAACCACUCCUACUCCUUUCAACUUGUAUCUGUUUCUUUCCUAUGUUUUUCUGGGUUUUCUGAGUGCUGCUGAUAACCUCAUGUAUGCAUAUGCAUAUGCUUAUCUCCCUGCAUCAACAGCAGCUCUAUUGGCCUCAUCAUCUCUAGCUUUCUCUGCUUUAUUCGGUUUCUGGAUUGUGAAGAACAAACUGAAUGCUUCGGUGAUAAAUGCUAUAGUGAUCAUAACAGCCGCGAUGACGUUGAUCGCGUUGGAUUCAGAUUCCGAUAGGUAUCCGUAUGUGACCAACAGCCAAUACACUUGGGGUUUUGUAUGGGAUAUCUUAGGUUCGGCACUCCAUGGGCUUAUAUUCGCGCUUUCGGAGUGGGUUUUCAUAAAGUUCUUAGGCAGAAGGUCUUUCCACGUUGUUUUGGAGCAACAAGUCAUGGUUUCAUUCUUUGCAUUUGUGUUUACAACCAUUGGGGUCAUAGUUAACGACGAUUUUCGGGGAAUGGCAGCCGAGGCCAAGACUUUCAAGGGCGGCCAAACUGCAUACAAUAUGGUUAUCAUUUGGGGUGUUAUUACUUUCCAACUGGGUGUACUGGGAGCCACUGCUAUACUGUUUUUGGCUUCCACUGUGAUGGCCGGGGUGCUUAAUGCAGUGAGGGUGCCAAUCACAGCUAUUGCUGCAGUAAUUUUCAUGAAUGACCCAAUGAGUGGCUUCAAGAUCCUUUCUUUGGUCAUAACAUUCUGGGGAUUUGCCUCCUACAUCUAUGGCACUUCCACUGGGAGUAAGUUAUCCUAGUCAUAUGUUCCUGUUGAGAAUUAUACUCAUAUCCGACAUUUACAGUAAAAAGGAACCAUCAAACCGAUGCCCCAUUUUGGACUCGAAUGGUGUAAGAGAAGUUAUGACAUGCGUAUUAGAUUACUAUGGUAAGGCUCAUAUUUGAACUCAAAUGUGUGUAUUAGAUGUGGAUACGUAUUUAAAACAGGUGAUAUUCAGUUUUUUAGAAGUUUUUGCACGUAUUUGAAGGA